AUGAUGUCCAGGUUCUAUGGUCUGGACUGGACGGACGUUUGUGAUUACUUGGGACUUGACAACGACAAAGGCGACGAGCAAUUCCGGAAGAAAUAUCUCACCUGCAUCAACCUCCCAGAGUCGGUUCAGGAAGAAAUGCACGACAUGAUCGGGCCCAGUGUGCAGACUAGUCUCCGUCCUGGCGGGAAGCUGGACUUGGCUUCAAUUAAAAAGCUAGUGCCACCUGGGAUUACUAUGCGAUAUAAAGUUGAUGGAAGUGAUGCCACCGUCCGCCUCCUCACCUUGGAGUUGAGGCCCAAAACUGGCGUAUCACAUCUUCACCCUCGAUUCGUUGACAUCGUGUUUCGAUAUCGGAACCAAAACGCUGAUAUCAGCGAUCUCGAGAUGCUUACUGAACGUUCCUGUUUGAAUAAUCCACCACAUCAAGCCAGGCCGACGACUGGACUGGCGCGCGCGAUGCUGUACAGGAAGUACAAGAAUUCCUGGCGACUGCCAUGA